UGCAUGCACAUAUAGCAACAGGCAACGGCAAGCGGUAACAGAGGAGGAAAAAGGAGAGCGGUAAGAAAAGUGCUAUGGAUUCCCGCAAGUCUAACAAGAUCAGAGAAAUUGUGAGGCUUCAGCAAAUCCUAAAGAAAUGGAGAAAGCUUGCGAAUACAUCAAAAUCUAGCAGCAACUGCAAUAGUGGCAGUAAGAGCAUCAAGUUUCUGAAAAGGACACUCUCACUGUCAGAUAACUCCGUCCGUGAAGCAUCCAGCAAUACCGUCCCAAAGGGCUACCUAGCUGUCUCUGUAGGAGAAGAGCAAAAGAGGUUCAUUAUACCCACGGAGUAUUUGAGUCACCACGCAUUUCACCUUUUAUUGAGAGAAGCAGAAGAGGAAUUCGGGUUCCAGCAGGCUGGUGUUUUGAGGAUUCCUUGUGAAGUAUCAAUCUUUGAGAGCAUCGUAAAGAUGGUUGAGGAAAAGAAAGACUUAUUCUUCAUGCAGGAAUCCCUGGGAUACUGUGCAUCAGAAAGUCAAAGAACUCCAUCUCACCAUCCCCAGAGCCCCUUGUGCAGAUAGCUUGUUCUAACAUUUCAUCUUUUGUAACGUUUGCCACCUUUUGUUUUCCCUAUGAAUAUUAUAAGGUGAUCAUGUGUCAUGUAUGACAGAGAGAGGUACAUCACAUUGGUUGUUGUACGACUGUAUGAGAAAAAUGUAAGAAUUGAUUGAAAGAUAGAAGAGAACUUCGAUU